AUUCAUAUUUCAAGUACUGUAUAUAAAAUUCGCUGAUGAUAGUAGCAGUACUAGUUACUUGAAAAACAAAACCCUAGAAUGGGUUCUUUGUAAGAAAAAUUAGCCGCCAGAUUGAUCUUUUUUAUAUACUGUUUUUCUUUUAAGCUCUCGUUCUUCACCUCAUUCUUGCUUGCUUACCCUUUUCACAGCUCUUUUUCUGUACAAUUAUAGAUACAAAAAUGUUGCUUAAGUUUGGUUUUUCUCUGUUUGUGGUCUCUGUAUCAUCAGUUUGUGUUGAUUUUAGAGUUUAAAAUGAGUAAAGUUUGUAUCUUUAUGCUUUUUGAGUCUAGAUAUUUAAUGGGGUUUGAUUAAAUUGAGCUUCUUGAUGUUGUGUGUGAAAAAGGUUGGGUUUUGAUGGGUUUUUAGACUGGGGUUUUGGAUUAUCAAGAAGUGUUUGUUUGAGGGGUUUUAGGGGUUGUAGCUUGUAGGUUGAUUUGAAAGUAAUUAGGGUGUGAAGAUGUUGUCUGAAUUAGGUAGGAGACCUUUGGUUAGUGGGAAUGAAGGAUCAUUUGGGGAUGAUUUGGAGAAGGAGAUAGGGUUGUUGUUGCGUGAGCAGCGGCGGAAUCAUGAGUCUGACGAUAUGGAGAAGGAACUGAAUUUGUAUAGGAGCGGCUCAGCUCCUCCUACUGUGGAGGGUUCUCUGAGUGCAGUUGGUGGAUUGUUUAAUCAAGGUGGUGGUAGUGGUGGGGGUUCUGUGUUUUCGGACUUUGCUUUAAAUAACAAGAGCGGGAGUGCGUUCUCAUCAGAGGAUGAGCUUAGGUCUGAUCCUUCCUAUUUAUCUUACUAUUACUCCAAUGUGAAUUUAAAUCCUAGGUUGCCGCCUCCUUUGCUAUCGAAGGAGGAUUGGAGGUUUGCACAGAGGUUGCAGGGAGGUAAUUCAGCUGUAGGAGGGAUUGGUGAUAGGCGCAAAGUGAAUAGAAAUGAAAAUAGUGGCAGCAGUGGAGGCGGGGUAUCACUUUUUUCAAAGCCGCCAGGUUUUAACUCCAAGAAACAAGAAAGUGAAAGUGAGUUGGAUAAUCAGGUUCCGAUAGAGUGGGGCGUUGAUGGACUUAUUGGUUUGUCAGGUUUAGGCUUGGGUAGCAAACAAAGGAGCCUUGCUGAUAUCUUUCAGGAUGAUUUAGGCCGUGCUACUCCUACUUCUGGCCACCCUUCUCGCACACCCAGUCGUAAUACUUUUGGUGAGAAUGUUGACACCUUUGGCAUGGGUGAAGCUGAUAUGUCUCAGUUACAACAGGAUUUGGCUUCUGCAGAUAAUAUAAGAACAUCUACUAAAGUACUGAGCUCAUCUUCUGGGCAGCAUGGUGGCCCACCUGCAUCGUAUUCUUAUGCUGCUGUACUGGGUGCUUCCUUGUCAAGAAGCACGACCCCAGAUCCCCAACAUAUUGCAAGAGCACCUAGUCCGUGUCCUACUCCUAUUGGUGGAGGGAGAGUAGGCACUUCAGAAAAAAGAGGCAUAAACUCGAGCUCAUUUAAUGGUGUUACUUCUAACAUUAGCGAGCCUGCUGAUCUAGUGGAUGCUCUAUCUGGGAUGAGCCUGUUAAACAGUGUGAUGGAUGAAGAAAAUCAUUUGCCAUCUCAGAUUGAACAAAUUGUUGAUCAUGAGAACUAUCUUUUCAAUAUGCCAGAAAGUCAUAAUAAUAUAAACCAACACUCUUACCUCAAAAACCCUGACCCUGGGCAGUUAAAUGUGCCUUCCCCUCGACCAACAAAACUAACCUACUCAAAUCUUGAUAUGGGCAGGGGGGAUGGAUAUGGAUACAAUGGUUCUUCCAACCAAUCUGAUUUGCACAGGAUUGCUGCCAAUGGUGCUUACCAAAAAGGAUCUUCGAAUUCAAUACUUACCGGAGGUGGUGGCAGCUUUGGCUCUCACUAUCAACAUAGUGAUGGCACAAACUCUUCAUUUCCAAACUAUGGUGCAAGUGGGUAUCCAAUAAAUUCACCGAUGCAGUCUAUGAUGUUAAGUCAUCUUGGCAGUAGUAAUAUGCCACCUUUAUUUGAAAAUGCUGCAGCAGCAUCAGCCAUGGCUAUGCCUGGAAUGGACUCAAGAAUGAUGGGUGGAUCUUUUCCUUCUGAGUCCCAUCCAAAUUAUGCUGCAUUAGAAUCACAACAUCUUGGCAGGACAGGGCACCAUAUUGUUGACAGUUCUUUUCAAGCACCUUUUGCUGAUCCACUUUACCUUCAAUAUGCCGCAGCCCAGGCAGCUCUUAAUGAUCCAUCUGUUGAUAGAACCUAUCUUAACAAUUCUUACGUGGAUCUACUUCAAAAGGCUUAUAUUGGAUCUCUUUUGUCACCUCAGAAAUCACAAUAUGGCAUUCAACCAGGCAGUACUGGUGUUUCCGGUCAUCAUGCAUAUUAUGGUAAUCAAGCAUAUGGAGUAGGUUUGUCAUAUCCUGGAAGUCCUUUGGCAAGUCCAGGACUUUCACACUCCCCUGUUGGACCUGGUAGUCCUAUCAGGCAUGGUGAUUUAAACAAGAGAUUCCCUUCUGGGAUGAGAAAUCUUGCGGGUGGAGGUGUCAUGGGACCAUGGCACUUGGAUGCUAGUAACAUGGAGAAUAAUUUUGCUUCUUCAUUACUAGAAGAAUUUAAGAUCAAUAAAACCAGAUGUUUCGAACUUUUGGAGAUUACUGGUCAUGUUGUUGAGUUCAGUGCGGAUCAGUAUGGCAGCCGGUUUAUUCAACAAAAGCUUGAAACAGCUACAAUAGAAGAAAAAGCCAUGGUUUACCAAGAAAUUAUUCCACAAGCUCUGACCUUAAUGACUGAUGUUUUUGGUAAUUAUGUGAUCCAAAAGUUUUUUGAGCAUGGAAUGGCAUCACAAAGAAGAGAACUCGCUAACAAGCUCAUUGGGAAUGUACUGACAUUAAGUCUUCAAAUGUAUGGUUGUCGAGUAAUUCAGAAGGCAAUUGAAGUAGUUGACUUGGACCAGAAAAUUGAAAUGGUUGGGGAGCUUGAUGGUCAUGUUAUGCGUUGUGUACGUGAUCAGAAUGGGAAUCAUGUCAUCCAGAAGUGUAUUGAAUGUGUGCCUGAAGAUCAUAUUCAGUUCAUAAUUACUACAUUCUUUGAUCAAGUUGUAACCCUCUCUACCCAUCCAUACGGUUGUCGUGUGAUACAGAGGGUACUGGAGCACUGUGAGGAUCAGAGAACACAGGAUAAGGUGAUGGAUGAGAUUCUGGCCAACGUUAGUAUGUUGGCACAAGAUCAAUAUGGAAAUUAUGUUGUUCAGCAUGUGCUGGAGCAUGGAAAGCCACAUGAACGUUCUACCAUAAUUAAGGAGUUAGCUGGGAAGAUAGUUCAGAUGAGUCAGCAGAAGUUCGCCUCUAAUGUUGCUGAAAAGUGUUUGACUUUUGGUGAUCCUAGUGAACGCCGACUCCUGGUGACUGAGAUGCUUGGUACAACUGAUGAGAAUGAGCCUCUUCAGGCAAUGAUGAAGGACCAAUUUGCAAAUUAUGUUGUUCAAAAAGUGCUAGAAACAUGCAGUGAUCAGGAACGUGAGCUGAUUUUAUCUCGAAUUAAGGUUCAUUUGAAUGCACUAAAGAAAUACACGUAUGGGAAGCAUAUUGUUGCUCGUGUGGAAAAGCUUGUUGCUGCUGGGGAGAGGAGAGCUGCUCAAUCCCAGCAGGGUGCGUAGGAGUAGACAAGGAUGUUGUACAGCUAACUGGGGGUAGUUUGAGCUGCCUUGUUUCCAUAUGUAGUUGUAUUGCAAAUAAAGUUGUUGCUUGUACUAGAAACUGUACAUUCUGUAGUUCUUAAGGUUUAUAUACAUAGCAGAAUCUAGUAAAUCGAGGCUUUGAUGUUGAGUACAGCGGAUGGCCUGUGCAGAGGAGAGAUAUAGUGACAGAUAUGAGUUUAAAUGGUGUAAAGAAAAGAUAAGAGAAGAGGUAGUGUCUGUAUCUCAACGUGACUGUAUAAAUGUUUCAAUGUGGAAAGUCUGUUGUUUAGGUGACACUGAUGUUUUCUCUAUGUAACAAGUAUUUUGACAUUUGAUAUUGCUUCGGUUCUGUUAA